AUGUACUCGUGGGAGAUGCUGUCGUUCAACAUCCACGACGGGUUCCUGGAGGCGAUCGUACGGGGGAACCGCUCGGGCCUCCUCACCCAAGCCGAUUACAACAACCUCUGCCAGUGCGAGACCCUCGACGACAUCAAGAUGCACCUCUCCGCCACCGAGUACGGUCCAUACCUCCAGAACGAACCUUCCCCCUUGCACACAACAACAAUUGUGGAGAAGUGCACUCUUAAGCUGGUUGAUGAAUACAAACACAUGUUGUGCCAGGCGAAUGAACCUCUAUCUACAUUCCUACAGUACAUAACAUAUGGACACAUGAUCGAUAAUGUUGUCCUUAUUGUUACUGGGACAUUGCAUGAAAGAGAUGUUAACGAACUGUUGGAGAAAUGCCAUCCAUUGGGCAUGUUUGACAGCAUUGCAUCACUUGCGGUUGCUCAAAAUAUGCGUGAGCUUUACAGGCUGGUUCUAGUUGAUACACCCUUAGCACCGUACUUCUCAGAGUGCAUUACAUCUGAGGAUCUGGAUGACAUGAAUAUUGAGAUCAUGAGGAACACACUCUACAAAGCGUAUCUUGAGGAUUUUUACAAAUUUUGUGCGCAGAAACUAGGUGGUGCGACGGCUGAGAUUAUGUGUAAUCUCCUUUCAUUUGAAGCUGACAGAAGAGCUGUAAACAUUACCAUAAACAGUAUUGGUACUGAGCUGACUAGAGAUGACCGCCGGAAGCUGUACUCCAACUUUGGUCUAUUGUUUCCGUAUGGUCAUGAAGAGUUGGCUGUCUGUGAAGAUGUUGACCAGGUGCGUGGUGUAAUGGAAAAGUACCCCCCAUACCAGUCUAUUUUUGCCAAGAUAUCAUAUGGCGAAAGCCAGAUGUUGGACAAGGCCUUUUAUGAGGAGGAAGUAAAGAGGCUGUGCCAGUCAUUUGAACAGCAGUUCCACUACGCUGUUUUCUUCGCAUACAUGAGGCUACGAGAGCAGGAGAUAAGGAACUUGAUGUGGAUCUCGGAAUGCGUUGCCCAGAACCAGAAGAACAGGGUCCACGACAGCGUUGUGCCGAUCUUUUAA